AUUGGCAAUGGCAUUUCCCAUAUUUAGGCUACAGGUCGCCGUCUCGACUCUGCGUGAUGGUGUAACUCCCUAUUUCUCCGUCGCUUGGACCAAUCUCCUCUUCGUUUCCUCCGCGGGUCUCCCUCCCUCCCCCUUCUCUCUCCUCCACCUCUUCUCUCUCCCCCACCACUCUCAUUCCUUUUAUAAACACGCACACACAUCUCCACAGCCUGACAAACCAUCUCUGAAUCCAUCAAACACUGUAAAACGAAAUGGGUCGUCUCGGAUCUUCUUUCUCCAUGGCUGCCAUGCGUUUCUUGCUCUUGUUCCUUUUCUUCGCCGCCUCGUCGGCGAUGGAAAUGUCCAUCAUUAGUUACGACGAGAAGCACGGGCAGCGGACGGACGGCGAGGUCAUGAGAAUUUACGAAGGCUGGCUUGCGAAGCACGGGAAAGCGUCCAAUGCGAUCAGUGAGAAGGACAGGCGAUUCGAGGUGUUCAAGGACAAUCUGAGGUUUGUGGACGAGCACAACGCCGUGAACCGGACUUACAAGGUGGGGCUGAACCGGUUCGCCGAUCUGACCAAUGAGGAGUACCGGGCGAUGUAUUUGAGCGCGAGGGUUAGGGGCAAGAGGAGGGCGUCGGGGUCGAAGAGCGACCGGUAUGCGUUUCUGGCCGGGGAGGAGUUGCCGAAGGCGGUGGAUUGGAGAGAGAAGGGAGCAGUAGUUGCUGUCAAGGAUCAAGGGAAUUGCGGGAGUUGCUGGGCGUUCUCAACUGUUGCUGCGGUGGAAGGGAUAAACCAGAUUGUAACAGGUAGUCUGAUACCUCUCUCUGAACAGGAACUAGUGGAUUGUGAUAGAUCAUUUAACCAGGGAUGCAAUGGAGGCCUCAUGGACUAUGCUUUUGAGUUUAUCAUUGACAAUGGUGGCAUUGAUAGUGAAGAAGAUUACCCAUAUAAAGCUACUGAUGGCACAUGUGAUCAAUAUCGGAAAAAUUCUCGAGUUGUUACCAUUGAUGGUUAUGAAGAUGUCCCAGCAAAGGACGAGAACUCCUUGAAGAAAGCUGUGGCAAACCAACCUGUUAGUGUUGCCAUUGAAGCUGGUGGCAGGGCUUUUCAACUCUACCAGUCGGGUGUAUUUACUGGAAAAUGUGGAACGGCCCUGGACCAUGGUGUUGUAGCUGUUGGAUAUGGUACAGAAAAUGGUAAAGAUUAUUGGAUUGUAAGGAACUCAUGGGGUCCCAGUUGGGGGGAGAAUGGUUACAUCAAGAUGGAGCGCAAUAUAGCUGGCAGAACUGGAAAGUGUGGAAUUGCAAUUCAGCCCUCAUACCCCACCAAGAAGGGACAGAACCCCCCGAAACCAGCCCCAUCUCCUCCAUCACCAGUAAGGCCCCCCACAGAAUGUGACGAUUACUACAGUUGCCCCGAGGGAAGCACCUGCUGCUGUAUGUAUGAGUAUGGCAACUUCUGCUUUGGAUGGGGAUGUUGCCCUCUGGAGUCUGCCACUUGCUGCGAUGACCAUUACAGUUGCUGCCCUCACGACUAUCCCAUUUGUGAUCUAAAUGCUGCUACCUGCCGAAUGAGCAAGGACAAUCCUUUGGGAGUAAAAGCAUUGCAGCGAAGCCCUGCUAAACCUAACCAUCAUGUUGGCAAGAAGGUCAGCAGUUCUUGAGAAGCACUAGGGUCCUUUGUUUGAGAGGAGUGAAAGUAACCAAGGUUCCCGCAGCAAAUCUUUGCAUGUUUGCUGCCGCCGCCAACUCAUUGGUGUAAAAUUUGCAAGAAAGAAGGGCUUUGGGCUUUGCAUCGUCCAUUGUCAAAAUGAGACCUUCUACUGUAUAUAGAAAUUCAGCAUUAGGAUUGUCCGCAGUCUUCGAUGUUGGAAUGUUUUAUUGAUUUUUAGCUGUAUCGUGUAGUGGUUCUUGUAAAUAAUCUCUUCAUGACUUUCCAAACUAAAGAUCUUUUUAAGUUGAUAUUCAUGUUUCACUCUUGCUCCA